AAUCAUCCUUUUGACUUUUGCAUCUCGGCCAAUUACCGUCGCCCCAGCGCCAGAAACAUGUUCCAGACGCAGAUGGCGUCAUGCGGGUCGACCGUUAGUCCAUCUGUUCCUGCCAUCGCGGUACGGCGCCUUACCACAACCGAAACGGUGGAUGGUGAGGCAUAGAUUUCACGCUUUCGGAGCGUGGCAUGCGCGAGCCUAAACCGAAGGCUGCCGACUGUUUCUCUUCUUCCACCUUCUACAUACUCAACUUUACGACUGCAAAGACUACAUACGAGCUACUUGCCACGACUUCUUAUCCUGCUUUGCGCGCAUUGCUUGCAUCCUCCCGCGAAGCGAACACCCCGCUAUAGACAUCGCAGCAGCGACGCGACGGUAGUCGGCCCGCCAAUAGCAUUUCCAGCAGCCCGGACAAUCGCAACCAUGGCGACAACGCCCAUCGAACAUCCCUCGACUGUCAGCAGUCUUCCCACGCGCCAGAAGCCCAUCCCAUACUCCUUUGCCAAUGGCCGGCGCACUCCGCUGUCGUCCAUCCUCCCUCCCCUCGUCUUCGGCACGGCCACGUUCAACUCCCAAUACAACACCGAUCCCUUCGCGCUCGACACAACUGGUCUCGUGACCUCAGCGCUCACACAUGGCAUUCGCGCCUUCGACACAUCGCCCUACUACGGCCCCUCCGAACAAUUGCUCGGCGAUGCGCUCGCAACACCCUUUGUCCGGGAGACCUUCCCGCGCAACUCAUACAUGAUCCUGACCAAGGUCGGGCGGAUAGCGGGCGAGGAGUUUGACUACAGCAAGGAGUGGGUGCGCCAGAGCGUCAACAGGAGUCUGGAGAGGCUACACACCGAAUACUUGGACCUGGUGUACUGCCACGACGUCGAGUUUGUGAGCCCAGCGGAGGUCCUGGAAGCAGUCAAGGAACUCCGCCGCCUUAGGGACGAGGAGGGCACGAUCCGGUACAUUGGUAUCUGUGGAUACCCAUUACAUGUGCUGGGCGACAUGGCUGAGCUCAUCCUCCGCGAGACCGGCGAGCCACUCGAUGCGGUGCAGUCCUAUGCCAACUUCACCCUCCAGAACCAGACGCUCGCCGGUCCGCGCGGUAUCUUGCGCCUGAAGAAUGCAGGCGUCGAUGUCGUCCCGAACGCCUCCAUUCUCGGUAUGGGCCUCCUCCGACACGAAGGCAUACCCGUUGGUGGCCUCGGAGACUGGCACCCCGCCCCAUCCUCUCUCCGCGAGGCAGUGCGCAAAGCGAGCCACUUCUGCGACGACUACGGCGAGCGCAUCGAGGUCAUCGCCAUCCGCUUCGCGCUCGAGACAUGGAUAUCUGCUGGCGCGCUGUGUGGAUCUCGCGGAGAUCCCGCAUCAGGUGUGCCAUGGACGCACGAGUCCAUUGACGACGUCGGCGGCUCCAAGCUGGGUGUCAGUGUCAUCGGUGUGUCACGCGCUCCCGAGUUGGAGAAGACCAUGCUCGUCUGGCGAUCCAUCCUCGAUGGGUUGGAGGGCGGCAAGGAAACGGCCGUACAAGCAGGCCGCUGGUACCGCGCGUGGGAGUGGAGCAGGAACCGCAGGAAGGCAGUGCAAAUCCUCGCCGAAGGUGUACAGGAGGUGCUUGGUGACGGCUUCGACUACGCAUGGGCGAGCCCAGACCCGGAUUUCGUGAACAAGAGGGUGAAGGACGCGACAAAAGCAAGCCAAGGCAAUACGCCUGCAGCGUGGUUGACGCCAGCUGCGAGCCCGGAGGCGGUGCCGGUAAAGGAUGCAGGCGAGGUCGCUGAGGACAAGUCCUUGCCGCUACGGUAACAACGGAGAUGAUGCACAUGUAUAUAGUGAAUAGA